CACCAAUCUUUCUUUUCUAAGUUAAUCAUGUCCUCUUCACUACCACUCACCUCCCCAUUCACAUUCACCAAUACCCAACUAGCCUUCAAGGCUCGAACCAAUCAAACCCAAGGGUUCAGAGUCUCAUGCAACAGUGCACAAGAUGACCAAGCUGACAAGAAACUCAUACUCCCCGAGUCCCAAAAGCUUGUGGUUCCCAGCGUAGACCGCAGGAACUUGCUGGUGGGGCUUGGUGGCCUGUACACGGCCGCCAACCUCCCGGGGGCAAUGGCUGCCCCCAUAACAGCUCCUGACAUCACGUCCAUAUGCCAGGACGCGAAGGACGGCAUUAGAAAUAUCGCCACCGCUCUAAGGACAACAAAAUGCUGCCCUCCUAGCCUUGGGAAGACUGUUAAACCUUUCAGGUUUCCAACCGAAAAGACGGUGAGGAAGAGAUGGCCCGCACAUGCGGGGACAAAGAAGCAGGUGGACGAUUACCGAAGAGCCAUCAAAGCCAUGAGAGAACUUGAUGAUGAUCACCCGCACAGCUUCGUCAGCCAAGCUAAAAUCCAUUGUGCCUACUGCAACGGAGGUUACACUCAAGUCGAUAGCGGUACUGGUUUCCCUGAUAUCAACAUUCAGAUUCACAACUCAUGGCUCUUCUUUCCGUUCCAUCGUUGGUACCUAUAUUUCUACGAAAGAAUCCUCGGAAAGUUGAUCAACGAGCCUGAAUUCGCCUUACCAUUCUGGAAAUGGGACGAACCAGCCGGAAUGCCUAUUGCGGAAAUGUUUUUGCCCGAAUCACCUAACCCGCUGUAUGACGAGCUAAGAGAUCCCGAUCAUAUUCAAAAGAGACUAAUAGAUCUGGACUACGCUGGCACCGAUAAGGACAUUCCAGACCAGCAACAGAUAGAGUGCAAUCUUGCAACAGUGUACCGAGAUUUGGUCCGAAACGGAGGUGAUACACUAAGCUUCUUUGGUGGCGAAUACGUUGCGGGUGAUUCUCCUGUUGCUGGCACUGACCCGUCAGUCGGAUCCGUCGAAUCUGGAUCUCACACGGCUGUGCAUAGAUGGGUUGGUAAGCGAGGAACUCCUAACAGUGAGGACAUGGGUAACUUCUACUCUGCGGGGUAUGAUCCCGUGUUCUACAUCCACCACGCAAAUGUGGACCGUAUGUGGAAACUAUGGAAGGACUUGCGCCUUCCGGGACACGUGGACCCAAAGGAGGAUGACUGGUUAAACGCGUCGUAUGUGUUCUAUGACGAGAAUGAGGAUCUUGUACGUGUGUAUAACAAAGACUGCGUUGACGUACGGAGGCUCAAGUACGAUUUCAUAGAGAACUCUGACGGACCGUUCCCAUGGCGCAAGAGUCGACCGCCACAACGCAGAAAGAGCGCCCAAGUUGCAUCGACGGUGGAUGUGAAGACGGUGGAGAAAACUAAGUUCCCUGUGCGUCUAGACAAGAUCGUGAAGGUUAGCGUGAAGCGGCCCGCGGUAAACAGGAGUGAAGAGGACAAGGAGAAGAACAAUGAGGUGUUGUUGAUCAAGGGAAUUAAGUAUGAUAGUGGAAAGUUUGUCAAGUUUGAUGUGUUUGUGAAUGACAAACUUAAGGAAGGCGAGGUUACGACGCCAUGUGAUCCUGAGUACGCGGGUGGGUUUGCACAGAUUCCACACAACGCAAUGAAAAGCAUGUUUAUGACGAGUUCCGCAAGGUUUGGGCUAAAUGAGUUGUUGGAGGACACAAACACCGAAGGCGAUGAGUAUGCAAUGGUGACAUUGGUGCCAAGGACAGGGUGCGAAGAUCUCACCGUCGGCCAAAUCAAGAUCGAGUUGGUUCCAAUCCCAAAAGCCUAAACCUUCAUGAGUUUUUAUUGCUUGGAGUCUAGAAGGCUCGUUAGGGGCCAGAAAUGCAUGUGGUAAUAACAUUUGCUUGGUUUGGUUGUGGUGAUUUUAACUUUGUGUAGCCUGAAAUGCCGCAUUGCGUUGAGUUUCACGGCGUUAAUAAGUUUUGUGAUCAAUAAAUAUAGGGUUUUUCUUCUUAA